AUGGGCUUGUUUUCUAAGAAGACGGGAGCAGAGCUGGCCGCAGGGUCGGCUCUUGCAGCUGUUCUACCCGCAAAUCCCAAGCCGUGGUAUUUGACACCUCAUCUACUGAAGUUGAAUCUGUUGCUGCUCGUGCCUCUGUUUUCUUCUGCAUCUGUCGGUUACGAUGGAUCGAUGAUGAACGGCCUGCAAACCCUCCCUCAAUGGCGCCAAUUCUUUGGAAACCCCGAGGGCGCCAUUCUUGGUCUCAUGAAUGCUGUUUACCCUCUCGGCAAAGUUGUAGCACUCUUCGUCGUAACGUACAUCUCGGACAGAUACGGUCGGAAGCUCCCUCUCGUUCUGGGCUUGGCAGCCUGCAUCGGGUUUGCCAUCUUGCAAGGCAUGUCCAAGGACCUUCCAAGCUUCGUCGUCGCAAGAGCUUUGCUAGGCUUCUUCACAACUUUCAUCAGCCAGCCGAGCCCUAUCCUCAUCACGGAAUUGGCUUACCCUACCCACCGAGGCCGAAUCACAGCUUUGUACAACACAUUCUUUUACUUUGGCUCCAUCUUUGCUGCAUGGUGCACCUUUGGAACCUUCAAGAUUGCGUCUACGUGGAGCUGGCGAAUCCCGUCUCUGCUGCAAGGAGCGGUUCCUGUGAUCCAGCUUAUGGGUGUCUACUUCUUGCCCGAGUCCCCUCGCUGGCUGAUGCGCCGUGGUCGUAAAGAUGAAGCCAGAAAGGUCUUCGCCGACUGUCACGCGGGUGGCAACCUCAAUGACCCUCUGGUCGACUUCGAGAUGCGCGAAGUCGAACUCACUUUGGGCGAGGAGGCUGAAGCCAUGUCUCAAUCAUCUUGGCUCGAACUCGUGCGAACUCCUGCCAACCGAAAGCGAACACUGAUUGCCUUCGCAGUGGUCAGCUACUAUCUGAGUCUCGUGCUUAACACUAUCGGCAUCACUGAAGUCAAGGACCAGACUUUGAUCAACGGAAUGCUGCAAAUCUUCAACUGGAUCAUUUCGACCUUCCUCGGAGCGCUCAUGGUGGACCGUUUGGGUCGACGACCCUUGUUCCUGAUCUCCACGGCAGGCAUGCUCGCGAGUUACAUCGCAUGGACCGGGUUGACGUCUCACUUCGUCGCCAGCCGUGACGAAGGAACUGGGAGAGCGGUUGUAGCCUUCAUCUUCAUCUUUUACUUCUUCUACGACAUUGCUUGGACGCCGCUCUUACAAGCCUACCCUGUCGAGAUUUUCCCUUACACCCUUCGUGGUCGCGGCUUGUCGGUCACCUACAUUACUGCCUUCACUGGUCUGAUCAUCGGCAAUCAGGUCAACCCGAUUGCAAUGAAGGCGAUCGCAUGGAAGUACUAUAUAGUCUUUUGCUGUGUCCUGGGAGUCUUGUUCAUUGUGAUUUGGUUCCUUUUCCCCGAGACAAAGGGUCACACACUGGAGGAGAUCCGCGAAGUCUUCGAGGGCAAGCCCGCAAAUGCCAAAGUCGAAGAUAUCGAGGGCCGUGAGGAGGAAGAGACCAAGAAGGAUGGCAAAGUUAAGCAGGUUGAGCUAGCAUAG